AUGACAAGUCGCGGCACUGCCAUCCUGAUGGACAUCUUUACCGGAAUUAUCAUUAAAUCCCAACAGGUAACUCCUAGCAUUGUCUUUUGUGGAACACCAUACGGAAAAACAGGAGGACUGCUAUGUGUUAACAAUCAAGGUUCCGUGUUUCAUGUCUCUCCGAAUGACAACGGAAUCAUUCCAUUCGUUAAGGAGCAAAUGCGAAACCCCGACCUCGCUGUGCGCAUCGCCACUUCCGCCAACUUGGGGGGCGUGGAUGACCUCUACCACAUGCAGUUAGACAACAGUCUCCGUGCAGGUAACGUAGAAGAGGCUGUUCGUGCCUGUUUGCGUGCCCCUAACAAUGCUUUACGUAUCCCAGAAGUCCUCAAUCGUUUUGUGCACCUUCCUCAGUCACCAGGACAACCACCAGCCAUAUCUACAUACUUCAAGAUGAUACUUGCGGAGACGACACUGAACGCACACGAAUCGAUUGAGCUUGCACGUGUGGUUGUGCCCAAAGGUGGGUCUGCAUACAUCAGGCAACAGUACGAGGCCAACAAGCUAACAGCUAGCGAGGCGCUUGCUGAUGUUCUGGCGCAGGUAGAACCAGACUUGGCGAUGAAGAUGUACCACAAGGCUGAGGCUCACGCAAAGGUUGUGAACCUCCUGCUUCAACGCAAUGAAACCCAAAAAGCGGUGGAGUAUUGUAAACGGGCGGGAUUUUCACCGGAUUGGCGUGUCAUUUUGAAUAAUUUCAUUCGUGUCAACCCAAAGAAUGCCAUCAGCUUGGCAUUGAUGCUUCAUCGUGAUUUGGGUGACACUCCGGUACUAGACCCAAACGAAGUGGUGGAUAUGUUUGUGACGGCUCAGCAACUGCAACAGGCGACGGAGUUUCUUCUUGAGGUUCUGCGAGGGAAAAGUGAUGAGUCAACCAAGGAUCUUCAAACGAAGCUGCUGGAAAUAAACUUAAAACAUUCCCACCCUUCCGUCUCGGAGAAGAUAUUUGCGCGUGGUGUUUGCCUUCAUUACGAUGGAAUGAGGUUGGCUCCUCUGUGUGAGCGGGCGGGACUGCCGCAGCGUGCCAUUGAGUGCUACGUCACGGCGCAGAAUCAGGACCCCGACCUUGACAAUCUCUCUAACAUACGCCGUUGCCUCUCCCAUGCCCAAAGUUUCAAUUCAGAAUGGCUGUUGGAAUUUUUUGGAAAACUCAGUCAGUCCGAUAGCAUGAAAUGCUUAGAGGACCUGCUGCAGAAUCACCGUGAGAACUUUAAAGUUAUUGUACAGAUUGCCACCAAGUACAAUGAUGCGCUUGGAGCUGACAAGCUUAUCGAGCUUUUUCUUGAGCACAAACUGUAUGCUGUUCUUUACUAUUAUCUUGGCGCCAUUGUACCCUACACACGAGAUUCGGAAGUGCAUUUCCGCUACAUAGAGGCGGCGGCGGAGGUGGGUCAGACGCAGGAACUGGAACGAAUGACGCGGGAAAGCCCAUGCUACGACCCUGAACGAACCAAAAAUUACCUGAAGAAUAAAAAAUUAACUGACCUUUGGCCACUCAUCAAUGUAUGUGAUCAGCAUGGCUACGUUGAUGAAAUGGUGCGUUACUUGGUUGAUACUGACAACGAGGUGCUUAUUGAACAGUACUUGCAGCGUCGAAGUCCAGGGAAGACACCGGAGGUGGUGGCGGCCCUCAUUGACUGCAAUGUUCGAGAAGAGUUUAUCAAAAACAUUCUCAAUGCUGUGGGCACUAUGUGUCCUAUUUCCGAGUUGGUGCAGGCUGUGGAAGAAAGGGGUCGCCUGCGUCUUAUUCAAGGGUGGCUGGAGGCCCGUUUGUCGGAAAAGAAGACGGAUCCGGCCCUUCACAAUGCUCUGGGAAAGUUAUACGUGGAUACAGACAAUAGCGCGGAAAAAUUCUUGAUGGAAAAUGCCUACUAUGAACCAUUAGUCCUCGGGCAGUACUGCGAGAACCGUGACACGAACCUUGCCUACAUUGCCUACCGCAAGGGGCACUUAAGUCAGGAGCUGGUGCAGUUAACCAUGAAGAAUGGCAUGUGGAAGCAACUUGCUCGCUACCUUGUACACGAGAAAAAUCUUGAGCUUUGGGCGUCAACUCUGCAAAAUGAUACAAAGGAUCGUGAUCGCCUUGUGGAAGCUGUGCAACAAACCGCCCUGCCGGAGUCGGAAGUGGAUGAGGAGGUCAGUACCACCGUUAGGGCGUUUAUGAAUGCAGGGAUGACACAGGAGCUGGCGUCGAUACUAGAGCAAAUUGUGGUGCGAGGUCGUUUUAGGAAAAACCGUUUCCUAGAGAAUCUUCUUAUCAUGACCGCCAUUCGUUCCCGCAAGGAUAAGGUGAUGGAGUAUGUCCUGACACUAGAGAAUUACGACGCCAAGGAAGUUGCCAGCAUCGCUACCAAUGCGGAGAUGCCUGAAGUGGCAUUUGCGGUGUAUGACAAGAAUGAUAUGAAGAAGGAAGCGGCUACGGUGUUGUUGCGAGAUCUGAAAGAUGUUUCACGUGGUCGCUCCUACGCUCAAAAGUGUGAGCAUCCUGCCGUGUGGUCCGUUCUUGGGGAGUAUUUGCUUGCUGCAGAUGAGGUACAUGAAGCAAUAGAUGUACUUAUUCGAGCAAAGAAUCCGAACUUUGUGGAUGAAGUUACUGCAGCGGCGGAUCGUAACAAUGAGUUUGGUGACCUUAUCAAAUACCUCACCAUGGCACGCGGAGAAUCUUCUACACAGGACAACAAGAUCGAUACCGCGUUGGUGCUUACAUAUGCCAAGACAGGUCGUCUUACAGAGUUGGAAGAGUUUUUAAAGGAGACUCACAAUGUGCAGGUUCAGCAAGUGGCAGAUAGAUGCUUUGAUGAUGGAUUGUACGACUCGGCACGGGUGUUGUACACCUUGGUGUCUAACUUCCCCAAACUGGCGGUAACACUAGUGAGGAUGAAAAAUCUAUCAGCAGCCGUAGAUGCUGCACAAAAGGCAAAAUCACGGAAAACAUGGACGGUUGUGAAUAUUGCCUGUAUUGAGGCUAAUGAGAUUAAAUUGGCCAACCUAUGUGCUGUUCCUCUUGUACUAGAAGCCGAAAUGUUGCAGGGCGUCGUGGAUCGCUAUGAAAGCCAUGGUCUGUGGGAGGAAUUGCUCUCUGUGCUUAAGACGGCAUCUGUUAUACCAGGGGCCCAUAUGGGUAUCUUUACAGGGAUGGGGCUUAUUUUGGCCAAAUACAAGCCCGAAAAGCUACUGGAGCACGUGAAUAUGCACGCCAAGAAGAUUAACACUCAUAAAAUGAUUGCCGCAUGUGAACAGUAUCAUCUGUGGUUGGUGCUUCGAGUGUUGCACAUCAACAAUGAGGAUUGGCUUGCCGCCGCGACAACGAUGAUGCAACAUUACGUCGAUGCCUGGGAUCAUGACAUUUACAAGAGUGUGGUGAACCACUUGGGAUCCAGUGAUGUUGUGUACAACUCCAUCGCAUUCUACAUUCAAACCAACCCACAGCUUCUUAACGACUUCCUCGCCAGCAUGUUUAAGACGUUGGACCCAGAGCGUGUCUUGCUGGAGGUGCAGAAGAUAGCCCCUGUGCAUUUUAUUCGUCAAUAUCUGGAGUCUGCCCAAGAGCGCAACUGUAGACGGGUUAAUGAGGCACUUAACAAACUCUACAUGGAUGAAGAGGACUUUGUUGCCCUACGCAACUCGGUAGAGCGUUUCGAUAACUUUGACUCCGUCGAAUUGAGCGCUCAGCUGGAAAAGAUGGAACUUUUUGAGUUCCGCAAGAUUGCGCUCUUUCUGCAUCGACGCAACAAGCGCUACGCGCAUGCCAUUGCGGUAGCGAAGGAGAACAAACUCUUUCAGGACGCCAUUGAAACUUCCGCCGAGAGUGCUAACCCGCAGAUUGUAGAGGACCUUCUGGACUUCUUUAUUGUGGAUCACCCAGAGUGCUUUGUCUCAUGCCUCUACACGUGUUACGAUUACAUCACGCCUCAGUCUGUGAUGGAAAAGGCAUGGCUCAACAAGCGCACAGACCUCGCUAUGCCGUACUUUAUUCAAGUCAUACAGGACUACACAACCAAAUUGUUGCGAUUGGAGAAGUCCAUGACGGACGCCCAACAAUCAGCGAAGGAAGCGGCAAGGCGGCCAGGGUCCUUACAUGCGGCUGCAAAUGACCCUCUUAUGAUUCAAGCAGGGCCAGCAAACCUAAUGGGCGGGGCCGUGCCGAUGCCUAUACAAAAGCCGAUGAUGGGGAGUACGCUGCAGGGCGAUUACGGUCUCCCACAGCAGUUCGGCGAACGAAGGUCUUUCUGA